CGGCGGUAAAACCCUAAUCGUGACCGCCGAACCGGCUUCUUUCCUCCCUGAAAUGCGCAAGCUGACCGGGUAUUCCGGCGACGCUAUCGUUGACACUGAAAACACACUCGUGGAAUUGGUCAAAGAAAGGUAUGACCUGGAGAUAGCGGUGAGCGAGAGGAAGGGCUAUGAGAAUGGGAUGGCGCAGCCAGGGAUUUUGGUCCUGCGAGGGGGCAAAGGAGGAGACGUGACAGGACAAGGGGGAGUGGUAUUGGAGAAGUGGGCAAUUGUUCCAAGUGCGAUGAAUAUUGGAGGGGCGAGUGAUAGGCCGGACUUGGAGCAGGUCUGGGAUAACGUUAGGGCAAAGAUUGAAGGGAAAGGGGUCGUGCAUAAGAGCUAUAAGACGACAGGUCUACUGGGGAUGUUGUGGGGCAAGAUCUUUGGCUGAUGUGAAUAGGUAGAAAUAGGAAAGCAGGAGAGU